UAUCUGUCAAAAGCGCGUUUUCUCCCUCCUGCGGAUGAAAGAUGCUUUUCGCUAAAAUUACUUAAAUGCAAUAAUAUACUAAUAAAAAGCUAUUUUAAAUGAUGUCUGGUGGUCUUAUAGAUAAAGUUUAUAUCGGUCUGGAUAAUGCGCCGGCCGCAUUUGAUAUUAAAGGACGUAUUCUAGGCCCCAAUGGAACCAACUUAGAAUACAUUCGGUCGGAAACUGGUGUGGUAGCUGUGUUGAAGGGUGACAAACUUGAGCCAUUGCAUUUGGCCUUACAUCAUACGAGGUCUGAAGCUUUGGCGGGCGCGAGGUCUCUGGCGCAGAAUUUGAUAGAGACUAUACGGGCGGAGUUGGCUCAAUGGAGUGCGGCUCAGGCUGGAGGGCCGCCGCCUGCACUGAAUGUUCCUCCUCCGACUCUGACGACCACUAGUGCGCCACCUCCAGUGCCUCCGCCUGUGGUGACGGCAGCUCUGUCGACUCCGCCGACGUUAACAUCGACAGCGCACCCCGCCGUGAUCCCCCCCGUGGUCAGUGUAGCACCCGCGACUACUCCUCUGAUGACAGUGCGCCAACCGACCAUGUUACAACUCCUGCAACCCCAACAGCAAUAUGUUCUAAACCAGGAAAAUGGGCAGCUAAUACCUAUAGUACAACCUGGGAUGCAGGUUUCUAAUGCAAACUUCACAUCAUUGCCUCUUGGCCAAACGUUAAGUUUACAGCAACCAAAUUUUGGGACACAGAUAGUGGAUAUAUCGAGUAUGCAGCCAGUGAAUGUGACACAGUUACGACUGAGUGGUGUGCCAUCUUCUAUGUCUAUGAUCUUACCAAAUGGUUUGACAUUCCCUCAAGCAAGUCUUUCGACAUCAGACAGCACAACUGUGAGCACGGCGACAUCUACUCCGGUUGUUUGUGCAGCACAGAGUACUAACUCUUGUCAAAAGAUCUUGUACAGCACAGACAAGGGAGACAAAGACAUCAAAUAUCACAUACAAGGGGCCGACACUGUGCAGUGGACAGUUCCAGGCUCACAAACUAUGUUGAUACCGUACCAACAACUACAGGACUUAACUGGUGGCCAACCAGGGCUGACUAACUUUCAACCUCAGCAGUUUGUAUCUAUAGCUCCGGCAGGCACUUUACCGCAGACAUCACUUCCUCUGACCGCUGGUCAGUUACAGCAACUGCAGGCUACAGGCACUUUCAUGCAGCUAAAUCAAAAGCCGAUAGCAAGCAGUGGUUCUUUGAUAAACAUAAUAUCGACUGGACAAGCGUCGUCGCCACAAAUAAUAUCUAAUACUUCGACUCCAUCAAAGAGUGUUAGCCAGGAGUCCAGAGGUCAGAAGAGGUUGUCUGAUGGCACUCCGAGUCAAUUGCAGCUGAGACCCAUAGCACCUGCAGUGUCGCAUGUGAGCCAUGACAAGAACUCGACGAGAGAUUCCCGCACCUGGACCGCGGCCCCAGGUAAGGACAGCACUAUCGUCAGCAUGGGAAUGAAAAUCAAUCCAGCACACGGGACCAUCAUACAAGUGUCUUCGGGACAACAGACGAAUGUCUCAUCUCCCGGUCUAGGCCCAGACGCUACGGGAAUGUACAUUCGCCAGAUCGAUAGAAACGCGAUACAAAUACAAACGAGCAAAGACGGACAGAAACAAGACCUCAGCAAAGUCCAGAACACAGCACAAAACGUACAAAUGAUCACUGUACCGCAAGGCAUGACGGUACUGCAGAAUCCCCUGAACAUAAGCCAAGUCCCGACCAUGCUCGGCCCGCCCAACAGUCAGGUGUACAUGAUACCUGCCAACCAUCCCAACCUCAUGCAGAGUGCUCUCCCUCCAGGCUUCCAACAAGUUCUCCAGCCUGGACAGAACGUCACGGUCAUGCAACCCAACCAGCUGGGCAUGCCCGCCGGAGUACAGUAUAACGUGCCAUUAAUGCCCAUGAACAUGCCCGCCACCUCGCAGUACAUGCCCACUGGCAUCAACCUCAACACGCAGCUAUCUGCCCAGCAACUGAACGCAGCUCUCGCUGGGCAUCAACUAAACCCUAGUCUAGGGACCAUACCCAUAGUGCAAGCUCCACCGCCGUCGUCUCCCUUGACGAAUCCAGCGCAGACGAUCCCCGGCACCCAGCCUCCAUUACAACAAAUAGUUCCGAACUCCUUCAUAACGCCCACUUCACAGUACACUGGGCUACCUCAGCAGUACAUGAUGCAAGGCAACUCCGGAACUAUCACAGUACCCACUAACAAUGCGACAGUACAAUACAGUAUACCUGUCUCACAGACCACGCCUACUAAUGGCAAUGGACAAUCCACGUCCACGGAUACUGAAACCAACGGAGCUAACGGUCAGACCAAUUACAUUACGUCUUCAUCACAAGAUAACGGGUACACAUUGACGGGAACUGUGCAAAACCAACAGACGUUCACGUCAGACGGACAGUCGACGCAGACGACGGGGUUUACUCCGGCCAACCAGAAUGGCACGCCGACGUACGGUACGUCGAAUGGAAGCCAGACCACAGCGUAUGUGAGUCAGACGCCCACGACACAGCCGCCCCCCACCUACAACCCGUCGAACGGGUCCACCCCAAACUCGAGCCAGACAUACGCACCACCGAGCACGCCGACAUCACAGAACUCUCAGACGUCGUUCUCCCCGUCCACGACGCCGGCGCCGCAGACGUAUCCGACAGCGAAUCUCCCUAACAUGCCGAACGUUGCGUUCGCGCCGAACCAAUCACCGCAGAAUCCUUACCCAAACGCCACGGGACAGAACUUGGCAGCUUACGCGAGUAACCAGUACCAGUACACCAGCAGACCGUGGUUCAGGCCGCGGUACGGGUCCCCGCAAGGGUCCCCCUACAGCGCCGGCACGGGGCCGCCCCCCAACGGGCCCAUGCCCGUCCCCCCUCCAUCGGGAAGUUAUAACUAUUGGCCGGAUAGCUGAGACUUAGAAAGUAUUAUUGGGACUGAAUUUGACCAGUGAUAACUGUAGAAUAAUUUGUAAUAAGAGAGACUGCUUUAUAAAUAUACAUUUAUGAAAUGUAAAGAAAUAUUUUAGAAGUUAGACAGAAAUAAUGAGUAUUUCCUAUA